CACCCAGUUCUGCUCAGCUUCGGACACGUGAACUGUGCCAAGCUUCCGAGGAGAGAAAGUUUUUGUUUGUUUGGUGCGCUCAUUGUAUGGAGCGAGAGAAGAGUAUAAAGCACGGAGAGAGCCCUGUGGAGCCAAUAAGCAGCUGCAGGGAUGAGCAUGGCUUCGUGCCAACAGUUGGCCGAUGGGGAAGCGAGUGGCCAAGUUGACUCGAGACGGCAGAAAUAUGGUGCCAGCCACAGGGGCAGGCACGCGGGCCCUGGAUCAGGGGUGUGCCGCUACCCCUGCCGGUUUGGGCCCAUUAUGAGUCACCAGCCCUGACUGUGUCAACGGUCGAACAGUACGAGGAACUAGCAGGCAGCGUUGAAUUAGAAACGCAACACUUACUGCGCGAGCAUCGCUAUGAUACCGUUGGCAACUUUCUUGGAUUCUACAAGGACUAUGUUGCAAGUGGUGAAAGCAUAUUAGACAGAUUUUAUCGCAAAUAUCAACCACUUAUAAUGCGUGAACAUCACACUUGUGUGGGUCUAGGAUUUGAACUAUUACAUCGGUUAAGCGGGUUGAACAAAACAUUUCCUGGUAUAGCAAGUGGCCUCUAUUUGGUAUCCUGUGAAGAAACUAUUGACAACGUCGAGACUUACGUCGGUGGACCACCCGCUGCUGACAGUGGGGAGAAGGAACACGUACUAGUGUGUCUGAAAAUUGAUAUUAACGGGCGUCGAGGAGUCAUGCUUCUUGAUCCUGGAUAUCACGUAGCCCGAGUCAUUACUGUAAUGGAAGAUAAAUCAUAUCCGCAUACUGGCUGGUUCACCCAAUAUGACGAGCCAGAUUGUAAGAAAGAGUACAACUACUUUCUAUGCGCUAAUGAUCCCGAUUAUGUCGAAUGGCAUGAGAGAAAAACUCGACCUGGUGCCUUGGAGAGAACACAAGUUGCCCUUAUAUAUGUGGCAAGGCCAUACUUAACUGCCAUUGAUGUUACGGAACGAAGAAAUUUGGUUUAUAAUUUCCGAAGUCUUCUUGCGAGAGAUACGAAAGGUCAUCUUACAGCUGGUAUAUAUUUCCCAGUUGAGCUAGACAGGAACAACGCUCCAACUUUUACAAUUUUUUAUCAGACGAGUAAUGGCAAGAAAAGGGUCAAAAUGCCAUUCAACAAAUUUUGCAGUUCACCGAUGAUUAAUCCUGACGCAGAGGAGAAAGAAAUCCUUGCAAAAUGUGCUCGACAGUUAGGUCUGUCGCAGGAUACGUUAGAAGAUCUGCUUUCUGCUCUUGCCACGGUUAUAAGCGAUUCAGCCUUUGUGGGUCAACUUUUGGCUAUUAACGCAAGAAUUAACACUUUAGCAGAGGAUAAUUAACAGACGUCAAUCCACCCAGUGUGGUGCAAACAAAAUAUAACAUGUCAUUUUAUUGCCGGCUUUCCUCUUACUUUCUGUUUUUUUUUAUUGACUACCAUGAUAAUGCUUUACUAUGUAUUGUAAAAAUUGAUUUUAUUCUUGUUACGAUAUAGAGUUCAAUAUUUUUUAAGGAAAUCUUAAUAAAAAUAUAUACAGUAUUUUUUGCAAUAUUGCGAAGUGCUGAUUCAAUGAAAACAUUAAGAAACGCUUAUAUUUUAUGAGAAUAAUUUUUUUAAAUUCAAUAAUAUUGUUGUUUAUGAAUUUAUAAUUAUUAGUACUGUUCUAAAAUGGACGAAGUUUUACUAGUGCUUGACAAAUUCAUUAAUGUUUUCAUUGAAACAAAGCCUGAUAAGGCUAAAUUAGUUUAUUGCUUAUGUAGAAAAACUAUACUGAAAACUCUGGUAUUAGGGAUGAUUUAUAUUUAAUCUUUUUAUUUUUAACGUAAAACGUGGGUUUUGAGUUAUAACUACAUCUAUAAUUUUUAUUUGAAUAAACGGUGACAAGAAAAAUUA